UCUCCUAAUCCCAGCUCUGAGAUGAAGGAGAGCAGCCCCGGGGUGACUCCAGCAUCUCUGCCACUCCGCUGGACCGGAGAUCACCACUCACCUGGACUGCAGAUCAUGAACAUCUUGGAAAAGAAAACUAAUUAGCGACUGUGUGGGAGAAAAACACAGGAGGAGUUUGUGGGAUGCAAACAGAGAAUCCAAGAAGACAUCCAAGAAUCCAAGCAUGAGCUGAAGACUAAAUAAAAAAUAAGAAUGGCCUUCUUCGUUCCGUUCAAGCCUCCAUAUCUGAGGAGUUAGUAAUCAAUGAAUGGUAUUCCGUAUCAAAAGCCUACAAGUUGUUUAUGCCAGUCUGAUUUAAUCUUAUUUGGGCAGUGUUGAGUUAAAGAGUCUGAAUUCCUCUUCAGGUUCACUGGACACCCUUAGGGUCAUCUUGAACGUUGUAUUCACUUGGCUCCCAAAAACUGGAGCUGUAAAUUCAGUUCUCACAAUCUUUCUGUGUUCUGGUGGCAAUUUUAACUUUUCAUGGUCACACUCUGGACCAAAACACUGGACUUGUGGCUGCUGAAGACUUAGCCAUUUAAGCAUGGCAGCUGGAGUGGCUACAUGGCUUCCCUUUGCUCGAGCAGCAGCAGUAGGAUGGCUACCUCUUGCAAAGAAGCCUAUGCCCAAGCCCCCAAGCGACAAAGGGAAAAAAAACGAUGAAAUACUUGUGGUGAAUGUUAGUGGCCGGAAGUUCCAGACAUGGAAAAAUACUCUAGACCGAUAUCCAGACACGUUACUGGGCAGCACGGAGAAAGAAUUCUUCUUCAACCAAGAGACACAGGAAUAUUUUUUUGACCGUGAUCCUGAAAUGUUUAGGCACAUUCUUAAUUUCUACCGGACAGGCAAGUUGCAUUAUCCUCGGCAUGAAUGCAUCCAAGCCUUUGACGAAGAGCUGUCAUUCUAUGGCAUUAUCCCAGAGAUUAUAGGAGACUGUUGUCUAGAAGAAUAUCGUGACCGAAAAAAAGAAAAUUUGGAGAGGUUAGCGGAGGACACUGAAGCUGAAAUAGGCAGCGAUUGCCCUCUCCCUCCCAACAGCACUUUUCGCCAGCGAUUGUGGAGGGCUUUUGAAAAUCCUCAUACCAGCACUAUGGCCCUUGUUUUCUACUAUGUUACUGGAUUUUUCAUCGCUGUGUCAGUGAUUGCCAAUGUGGUGGAGACGGUGCCUUGUCGUCCACCAGCUGGGCGCCUAAAGGACCUGCCCUGUGGGGAGAAAUACCAGUUAGCCUUUGUUUGCAUGGAUACAGCCUGUGUCCUUAUAUUCACUUUUGAGUACCUCAUGCGACUUUUUGCAGCCCCAAGCCGUUGUAAGUUCAUGCGCAGUGUUAUGAGCAUCAUAGACGUGGUGGCCAUAAUGCCAUAUUACAUUGGCCUGGUCAUGCCAAACGAGAAUGUGAGUGGUGCCUUUGUGACAUUACGUGUUUUUCGAGUCUUCCGGAUCUUCAAAUUCUCCCGGCACUCUCAGGGGCUUCGGAUCCUUGGGUACACCUUGAAAAGCUGUGCCUCUGAACUUGGCUUCCUUCUGUUCUCCCUCACCAUGGCCAUUAUCAUUUUUGCCACUGUGAUGUUCUACGCCGAGAAGGGGACAAGUAAAACGAAGUUCACCAGCAUUCCUGCUGCCUUCUGGUACACCAUUGUUACUAUGACAACACUGGGGUAUGGCGACAUGGUUCCAGACACCAUAGCUGGGAAGAUAUUUGGUUCAAUCUGCUCCCUGAGUGGAGUCCUGGUCAUUGCGUUACCAGUCCCCGUCAUUGUAUCCAAUUUCAGCCGAAUUUACCAUCAAAAUCAGAGAGCAGACAAGAGAAAGCAACAGCAAAAAAUCCGCCUGGCAAGAAUUAGGCUGGCAAAGAGCAACACGACCAAUGCAUUUCUGCGUUACAAAGAAAUGGGAGGUCUGGAGGAGGACAGAGAUACACAUGCUUUGUGCAUCAAGAAUCGCUCGGCAUUUGAGCUGCAGCAUCAUCACCUCCUGCACUGUCUGGAAAAGACUACGUGCCAUGAAUUCACAGAUGAGCACAGGUACAGUGAGGCCCUGAUGACUGAAUCCAUUGGGUACCGGACUAGCCGCAGCACAUCAGUAUCUUCCCAGCAGGGGGGACUGACCACUUCCUGCUGUCCGCGGCGUUCCAAGCGCCGGGCCAUCCGUCUCGCUAACUCCACUGUGUCAGUCAGCCGUGGCAGCAUGCAAGAGCUGGAAACCCUGCAUGUCCAAAAGGGACUCAGUCAGAGCCGUUCCAGCCUCAACGCCAAACCCCACGGGAAUAUGAAGCUUAAUUGUGAAACGUCUGAUCUGACAGCUGCCAUCAUCAGCAUCCCCACUCCCCCUGCCAACACACCGGAUGAGCCAUUAACACCCAGUCCUGGCAUCCUGAGGAAUUCCAGUGUUACUGCCAGAUACUACCAGGAGACUGUCAGGAUUUCCAGCUUGUAGGGUCUGGUAUUCUCCUGGAACUAGUGAUGUAUCAAACACACUGUGACACCACACUCAUACUGACACCUCACAGUCCCAAUAUACCAGACAAUCAACUCAUCUCCAUGUGGCAAGCUGAAGGAGACACAAAUGACACCUCAGUAUUCAAGCGUAAUACAAUGUCGCCAACACACAGAUGCUGCUGCACAAUAGUGACAUUGUACAAGAUCAUGACGUAUGUUGAAACAAACCUUGCAUAUAUUCGCUACAUGCUUAUACAUCAGCCCGAAUCGCACAACUUAAAUCUCCUCAUUUUGUAAACACAGAUUUACACCCCUUACAAGCACCUUAAUGGACCACUGAAGGCUGUGCUUCAAAAAGAGCCAUAGAGGGGUUAGUCUUAAUGAAACUUAAUGGGGGGUAUUAAAAAGCACAUUAGAAACAUACCUAGGCACUUCAUUAUUCAUUUCAUCUUCGCAAAUAGGGGUACAGCCAUGACUAUGAAGAAUGCUAGAGACAGUCCAAAUUACAAAGUAACUUGUUCACUGGGUACAUCAUUUCAAUAGGAACCAGCGACGUUGGUGUGGCACAGAUUGGGUGCAGCUGUCAAAAACCAGGUAAUAAAUGAUGGAAUAUAAUAUUUGGCCAAAGAACUUAAAGUGGAAUUAAACCCUCCUAUCGUUUUUAGCCAAGGAAGCGGCCAUCUUGACCUCUGUUUAAUCUGUA